AUGGCGGAUAGAUACAGUACAUUUAUCGUUAACGGGAACGGUAAAAACCCAGGGUUUCGACCGAUCUUGGAAGGGCAAUUCGGAUGCACAAACAUCCACGACCUCAAGAAGCAAGAUUUCAUAGAGAUAGCAGUGGCAUUUGAUACGGCGAAUGCUCCCCUAUCCUUGGACGAUCCAGAUAUCGGGACUAAGGCGAGCCAAGCACAGAAGGAGGCGCUGCGCGCAGAUGUCGACGCAAGACGGAGGACGAGGCAGGGAGAAGCAAAGGCGAAAGGCGGCAAGCGCACGACGUCAGGGAAGAAGAAGGCGACAGGUCAGGGCGCACGAGCACAGAAAACAGGAACGACGUCGGCGCAGUCCAAGAAGGACAAGACCAAUGCACAGAAGGAUGAGGCCAGUCCAAGCGACGACGAAAUAGCAGAACAGGACGAUGACGGAGAUUUACGGAUGGCAGAAGACCAAGAUGGCGGGGAUGCGACAACAGUAGUCGAUCCAACCGCAGACGCAGUCUCAGGCCUCCACAGCAAGCGCAAGCGUCGUCCAACAGGAGCUCCUGUCGCAAACAAGCGGAUACGUUCUACGAGGUCGAAGCCUGCAGGGGAGGGGAAGCAUUCGCAAGAGCCAGAAGAAGACAAACAGGCUGCGGCGGUUUCCACCCGGACUACACGAGCGACGAAGCAAGCACGCGGGCAGAUAAAGACACGCGUAAUCCAAGAGACACCUCCUCUCGACUCCAAAACAUUGAUGGAAAGCCACAAGAACGUUUCGGACGGUGCAUCCGCUGGACCUCAAGAUAUGCUGUCCGCAGUCUCCGUUGGAAGCAACAACAAGACCACACUUCGACGCGAACCUCCUCAGAAAGAUAAGGAAGAGGCGACUAGGCCAUCUGGAAGCGAGGAUUCCGCGGGUGACCAGGCCUCCAAUGAAAGUGAAGAAUCCACUGGUGACGAGGUCGAACUCGACAAAUAUUUGUCUGAGGAGGACAUCGAAGACAUCGAAGACAUCGACGCAUAUAGAAUACGAACGAUGCCAAAUUAUUACUACGAUAAUUCCAACUCACCAUACGAUGAGGAAGAGGCGCACAACAGAGUAUGCGCGAAGACUGGCAACAUGGGUUCCAGUCGCGACCCCAAGUGGAAACCUAAAAUCGAGGGUACGCACAAAGUAGAUGGUUAUAUGAACAUUAAACCAUUAUGGCUGGAGAAAACCUACGAUCGUAGCCUGAUGGAUCCUCGAGAGCAGGAGGUCCAUGACGCGCAGAAAGAAGAGUGGGAACGGCAGGAUGCGAUAAAUGCUGGACUUCCGCCUCCAACAAAGCCAGUAAAACCUAAGAAGGAGAAGAAGAGAAUCUAUAUUGAUAGGUUGUUGGAGAAUGGCUGGUAG